AUGACACUGACACCAUAUAUCUCUCCAAACGUGUUUCUGCAUAUCCCGCCAUCUCUGAGUCGAAAGCGAAGAAGAACAAGAAAGAGCCAAGCUGGACCGGUCAGCCUUGACGCAGAAUCGGAGGGUCUUGACCAUAGCACUGGCACUGGCUCCCAGACCAGCUCUAUCUCUAACUCCACCUCUACACCUAUUGUUUCUACAUCUUCUACAGCUGAUCCGAAUGGAUUCAAGUCCGGAAGCGAGCGCACGACUCGGCCUAUCCGGUCAAAUCAGUCCAAAGAUGGCCGGCCACCAAGGCAGCGACGGCAGCGUCUACAGGUGACGCUUGUGUUCUUCAUCACGGGAAAUCCGGGGUUGGUUUCAUAUUAUCAUCCGUUUCUAUCAUUGCUGGUCGAGAACUUGGGGCAGAGGAAUGGGGAUGCGGAUGCGGAUCGGAUUAAGGCCAGGGGUGAUUUCGUGGGUCGUGAACAUGGUACGGGCCGUCGUCAGGGCCGGGAUAACGAGCAGCACUUGAGUCUGAAGCAGAGCGGUGAAGAACAGCAGCGAAGCCAGAAGAGAAAAGAGACAGAUGAUGGAAAACAGUCUUCAGAUUAUGGUUGUGAUACGGACCAUGGUUUUGAUGAUCUUGAUGAUGAUCAUAUCGUCGUAGUCGCGGGCUUCAGUCUCGGUGGGUUCGACGUCGAUGUCAAUAUCGAUGCCGAUGCAGGUGUCCAGGACAACGUUAAGGGUAGUCCUUGGACUAAGCAGAAAAAAGGACCGAUGACAGGCAGAAGUGGUGUGGAAAAGAGUGAGAAUGACAGAUCUGAGAACAAUGGACGCUGGGGAGCUGAAGGCAUGACAAGAGGGGGUUUGGGCACGGUUAGAGACGACUUUCAAGCACAUGACCGAACUGACGAAGUUGGAGGGAAUAUGACUGACGCAGAUGAGAGUGAGGAUGACCAUGAGGAUGAGGAUGAGGAUACGCAGAUCAGGAAUCUACUGUAUCCUCCUCUGCCUCGUCAGUCGGGGAACGGCGAUAGACUAGCGGACGACAGGGGAAGCGAUGACAACGACAACAGCGAUAUAGACGACGACGACAAAAACAAGCUCUACUCGCUCCGUGAGCAGAUUGAACUGAGUUAUGCCCGGGUUGAAAGCCAGCCUCCAACGGAACCUAUCAAGGUCAUCUUCAUCGGACAUAGUGUUGGAGCAUAUAUCGCGCUGGAGAUCAUGAGGUUGUGGCACGAACGACACUCCCAUUCACAUACACAUACUCAGUCGGGCGAGACCGAGUCAACGGGGAGAAGUAGAAGCAGAAGCGGAAACGACCUCAGCAAAGACGCGGGUUCGAGCUCGUGUGCAGAUUUGUUGUCAUCUUCAUCUUCAUCCUCCUCUUCAGCUCACGUACCGGCAGCGGCAGCAGCAACAACAACACCAAUACCAACACCAGCUUCCUCUACAUCGACACCUCGAACCCCAGGUCCAGCUCCAGCUCCAUCACCUUCAAUCCCGACUCGACCUCAAUCUCCCAGUGUACCACCUUCAUGGACAAUCUCAGGAAGUUUCCUCCUCACCCCCACGAUCAUGGACAUCCACCGCUCCACAUCCGGCCGAUUCGCCACACCGCUACUGACAUCGCUUUCGCAUUCACAUUCACUCCCAUCACCACUGCCACGCUCGCUCCAGCUCAACCCGCAGUUCCUGCUACUCAGCCUGUCCCAGACACUGCUCCACUCCGUCCUCGUCAACCGACUACCGGCAAAAUGGUUAUCAUGGCUGGUCGCCCGAGUCACGGGGAUGAAACCAGGCUCGCACGGAUUGGAAGCGACUCUGGCGUUCCUCAGGAGUCCGCGGGGCGUCAAGCAGGCGCUGUACAUGGCUGCUGAUGAGAUGAGGGAGAUAAGAGCGGAUAAAUGGGGAGAAGAGAUAUGGGGUGUUGGCGUUGCGGAAGCAACAACAACAAAAGCAGAAGCGUCGUCGUCGUCGUCAUCUUCGAAACAACCUCCGACCCCUUCAACAGGCGCUUCAAUACCACCACCACCAACGACAGAAACAGAAUCUAGGUCUAUGUCUGAUAUUCCGAAUCAUGUUCAAGACUCGGAGAGACAUACCCCCCACCCCAAAUUCAGACCGAUGCUCUAUUUCUGGUUCGCGAAAUCGGAUCACUGGGUCGCAGAUAUCACGCGGGAAGAGAUCCAGAAGACGCGAGGCCGCGGCGUGGUGGAAAGAGAUGAGAUCGAUAUUGAUGCUUUCAACACAAAGGCCGACAUGACACAUCUCGCAUCUGAUGGUCCUCAGGAUCCCAAGGAUGAGAAGACCAUGGUAGUAGAAGAAGAGGCGUCGCUGGUGCGGAUAUUUGAGACGGAUGGGCUGGCGCACGCUUGGUGUUUGGACCAGACUGAAUUCGUGGCGCGACGCGUCUCGGGGUGGGUGAGAGAGAUACUGGACCGAGACGCUCGUGCGAGUCAUUGA